AUGAAGUGUAUUUUAGUACUACAUUUACUAUUUUUGUUGUAUAACGUAGACGGUCUAAAAGUAUUGGUUUGUUUUCCUUUACCUGUGAAAAGUAUUAGUAUAUUAGGACAAAGUGUAGUUCGGUAUUUAAUGGACGCUGGACACGAAGUAACAUACAUAACAGUGUACCCGUUGAAGAACCCACCAACUAAAAAAUUACGUCAAAUUGAUAUCAGCAGCAAUACUGCUCUAGUUGCAGAUGCGCAAAUACUUUCAUUGGCAUAUAUUCUGGACAAUAAACUGGAAAAUAGUUCACCACGUGACAUUCAAAUAUUUAGUCAAAAUAUCGCAAGAAAUACUCUUAGCCAUGAAAACGUGACCAAACUCUUGGAAGAUCAAAGUGAGCACUUCGAUGUUGUUAUAGCGGAUUUAUUAGAGACUGAGUUAUAUGCUGGAUUAGCAGUUGUAUACAAGUGUCCUAUGAUAUGGAUCCACUCUAUGGGGGCAAACUGGCAAGUACUGAAAUUGAUAGAUGUUGCUACGAACCCUGCUUAUGAUCCAAACUACUUAUCAUCAAACAUAAAUCCGUUAUCAUUCACACAAAGAGUCGAAGAACUAUGGACACGAAUGCAGUGGCAAUUUUUCAAAACAUUCUUCACUCAACCAGGGGAGCGCAAGAUUUAUGAGACCGUCUUUGGUCCUUUACUGGCUAAACGUGGAAGGAUGCUUCCAAAUUAUGAAGAUAUCAUAUACAAUGCUUCUCUAAUAUUUGCCAAUGAACAUGACGCUGCACUCAACAGACCAAGUACUCCACAAAACUUUAAAUUCAUCGGUGGACUUCAUAUAGAGGAACCUGUUAAGCCACUGGAAAAUGAUAUUCAAUGCCUCAUAGAUAACUCGGUGCACGGCGUCAUAUAUUUCAGUAUGGGAUCAUUUUUGAAAAGUAAUUCUAUGCCAACAAAUCUAACAAAAAACAUUCUUCAAAUGUUCGGAGAACUUAAACAAACCGUUAUUUGGAAAUUUGAAGGUAACAAUUUACAAGGCAUCCCAAAUAACGUUCACAUUGUAAACUGGGCUCCCCAACAAAGCAUUUUAGCUCAUCCCAAUGUUAAAAUAUUCCUCACACAUGGAGGCCUGUUCUCUUCCAUAGAAGCUAUCCACUUUGGAGUACCAAUCAUAGGAAUACCAGUACGUUUCGACCAGAAUACUAAUGUCAAUAAGGCAGUGCUUAAUGGAUAUGCUUUGAAAGUGGCCCUGUCUUAUGAUCUUCCUAAAGACUUGAAGGCUGCAAUUAAUAUCAUGUUAAAUGACGAUCGUUACACCAAAAAAGCCAAAGAGCUAUCCUCUGUAUACCACGACCGUUUGCUGAAGCCAGGUCCUUCUCUCGUAUACUGGGUGGAACAUGUAGUGCGCACACGCGGAGCCCUUCACCUGCGCUCUCCAGCCCUCCACAUACCUUUAUACCAACGUCUUUACCUCGAUCUCUUAGCUAUAACCCUAACUAUUGUGUCUGUAUUAAUUUUCUUAAUAAGCACACUAUGUAGGAACAAAACCGGCAAAUUACAUUACCUAAAGAAAAUUGAUUAA